UUAUGUUACAAAUCUACGUGGCUAUGUCGAGAUUUGCUUGCAAUGUUUAAUUUGUUUCUCAUUAUGGUGAUAUUGUGGUGUUUCACAGAGACGCGCGGGCUGCGCAGCGUCCCGCAGUACGCGCGGGACGUGUCGGAGCACUGCAAGCGGCGCGACGCGCUGCCCUCGGUGUUCCUCAGCCGCAUGGUUAUGGACGCCGACGCCCAGGUGCUUCACUUCUCCAGGCUGGACGUGCCUUAUAGCUGUUUUACUACUGUAAGAACGGAGCCCGGCCAUAACAUAAUCAUGGUGGUAGAAUUGUCGCCGGGCGAAUCGCAGCAAGAGGUCUGUACUGACGGAUAUCAGCUUGGAGUUUUCGAGUAUACUGAAACGUUCGGCGGGUACUGGGGCCCGAUACCGGACGCCGUCCUUAAACAGGACCCGGAAGACCCGGUGUACACUAAGCAAUACACCCUGGCGACUAAGCUGACGACACUUGACACACCCAGGACUACAGGAAGUACACUUAGGAUUCCUAAAACGACAUUAUCAAUCUCUAGUAAACCUAGAGCUUUAACACAGGAUUUUAUCACAAUAGAAGUGCCGUUGGUCAACCUCUCUGCUACUUUGGUACCUAUAGAAACUCAAGACCAAAAACCUUUUGAUGUAGACGAGGUUUUUGAUCUAUUUUAUGAUGUAGUGCCAAGGCCUGGGCAGCCAUACAAAACCAGUAUUUUGCCGUUGGUACAAAUAGCAGUGAAGAAACAGGAAGGCUUACGGGAAGGCGACGGAGAACGCAGAUACGAACUUGAUUACGCCGUGGGACCAUUUACGCCAGAUCAAAGACUGACGACACCUGCACGGUCAACGACAUCAACGCAUAUCAAUACAAAUAGUAACAGUAACAGGUGGAAAAAGAAGAAGUUGCAGAACAAGCGCGUGGGGCCAAAAACAAAGAACUCGUCACGUACGAGAGAACCUGUCGACUCCCGUAAAUUUUUCAGAAAAGAAUACUCACUCCCAACCACUAACUAUAGGCCAUCCAACGACGUUAUUCUUCCCCACGAAGUAGAAAACAAACACGAGGACGCCAAAGAAAAGGAACCAAUCAAUCUGGUAGAUGAUGUCAUAAAGUCACUAAACGAAAGUGGGGGUUUGAAACCACAAGAACAAUCCAACGACAGUGAUAUUUUUACAAUAUUUAAUAAGUGGGAUAAUAGUUACCGAAACAUGAGUGUAUAUUUGGACCCGUAUCCUAAUAUAACUGAGAUUCCUUUUCGAGACACAGCGGAAAGUGUUUUAAGAAAUAGUAAAUCACAAGAUGUCCUAGAAAGCACUAGAAACAUAUCCUCAGUAUUGGCAUACAAUAUAAACUCAUACGAGAAAAAACAGAGCCCUGAAAAUCCCAAUGACACAAUUCAAGUUGAGUCCUUAACGAAGGAAGGGAUCACAAAAUCGACAAUCGGAAUGGAUAAAGUGCCAUUUUUACCACUUACUGCCGAAAGUGUCGAAACUAUGGGCAGUCCAAUAAUUGGAACAGGCAGCAGUCCGAGCUUUAAAACAAGCGUCCAUGAACAACAAGAGAAAAGAAGCAGUUUAAGAGCUACUCAACCUUUAGCAGAUGAUGCCCUAAUUCCUAUUAUCACUACAGAACGAUCUAUAUCGGGGACGUUGGUGGAUCACGAGUCGUGGGAAAAUGUGGUGCAAUCAGCGCCAGUGAUGGCCGGAUUACUGAAUCAACAGGGUUCUGAACUUUUAAAACCACAGAGCAAGCGUAGCUUACGGCGGAGGCGGCAUAUCUCGGCCAUCAUGGUUGACGACGCUCGGCCGCACCGCCGCGUCACCACGAGCUUGCCGCCGCUGCGGGCGAGCGCGUUCAACGCCAUCGACAUGCACGAAUUCGCGCGACUCAUCGAGCUCCCGGAUGACCAGAUGAAUAACCACGUGACGAUAAAAAUGAAUCCCGAAACGAGUACGCAAUUGUUCGAUAUGUGCAGCGCAUACAACGGAACUAAAACCAGAUUCUUGGUCGUGUUCAACUCGUCGAGGGUAAUACUGAGCAUUGAAAACUUUACGAUGGCGCAUGUCAUGGUGGCUUUGACGACGGCGCGGCCGCUGGCGCUGUUGGAGCCGCAGUGUCCUCAGAACCUGGUAGAGUGCCAGGUGGAGGGCACCCGCCUCUGCAUCGACAGCACCAACGCCUGCGACGGCAUACCGAACUGUGGAUCCGCAUAUGCGUACGACGAAGACCGCGUGUUAUGUGGCGUGAUGGACCGGCAGCGCAGCGUGCUCCUCGCCGCGGCCACCUGCCUGGCGGUGUUGGUCACGAUGCUCUACAUCACACACUACUGGCUUCGGAUAUGCGUGCCCAAAGUAGCGGAGGCAUUCUUUGUCUACUACGAUAGCGCCGACAAUGAGUUGUAUUUGGACUCAAUCAUGCGCUCCCCGAUGGAUACUGAUCGCGACCAGUAUAUGUACAAUAGCGCUCUCUUUGACGAAGAGAAUAUGUUAUAUUCCCAAAACACUCUAAAAUCCACAAAUAUUUUUCAGCGCCUGUUUCCUUUUUUCCACAAAAUAAAUUUAUUUAAGCAGCGGCGACCGUCGAAUAAAUUAGAAGAAGUGCAUGGAGCCGGAAGAUCGUUAUCUACAAAUGUGCCUCGGAAUAACUCAUUUACUGAGUCCGAACUGCUCAGUAUGAUGAGCGACGGAAGAGAUCAAGAAGUACAAACAGGUGAGAGUCUAGAAAUGGCAUAUAUAAAAGUGUUAAACUCCUUGAAAGAAAGAGAAUCUGACAAGAAACCAACCAAACAACGCCUACCUUCAGUGCAUAAUUUAGUAUUAAGAGAUUUACUAAAAGACAAGUUAUCCAGUUCUUUGGAUACGAGUUUAGAUUCACCCGGUCCGUCUGGAAGGAGCGCAGUCCUUGCGCCCCCACCCGGUUCAGAAGAAAAAGAAAUUCAUAGCACUUUAUACGAUCCCGGCACAAAUAAUACUUCAAAACCAGAGAAAAUAAAAUCUUCGGGUAGUGGAGCAAAACGGGGUAGGAAGUGUUUGAGAUUUAAUGAACACGCUACUUUCAUACCCCGGGACGAAGAGGAGGGCGACGAUCCUACGGAGACGGAAGAAUUAUCAACAGGGAAACGAUCACAUAAAAAAAAUGAUGAUAAUAAUUCAGAACAUGGAGGUUCAGAUUUCAGAAAUUUCUUUAGAAAGAAGAAAGAUCAGAAAUAAUAACUUAUACAAUAUGUAGUAUCUAGUUGAUCUAU